CUUCAGUUUAAACGGAAGUGAACAGUGACUAAGAGCAAUUUCCACGUUAGCGUUUGUAUUAGGACGUUUACUAACACCAUGGAACUCAAAAUAUGACAUUUAAAUGCAUAGCGUCACAUAAUUAACCCAGGUAGUGUUUAAUUUUCGUUGGAGACAGGACUUGGUUGAUAUAUGUUAUCUAGGUAACGCUAGCUAGCUGCUAACAAUGGCUAACUGUAUGGUUUUUCACGCUCAAAUAGCCUCCAUCAUGGAGGUGCUAGCGAAUGCAGCCGUGGCAGAGAUCUGUAAACUCGUAGACGACGACUAUGCAGUGUUUCGUUUGGAAAUGUCUCAAAGCCGGAAAGAAAACGGCUCAUUGCGGAGGAAACUACAGCUUCAAGAACUGAAGGUGGCACGGGAGCGCGCAGAAAGGACAAUGCGAGAGCGCGUCCUCGCCAGCCGUCCCAGUAGUGUCAAAAUCCUCGACCGAAACAGAGGAAUGGCAAGAGGUGAAAGACAUCUCACUGGAGGCCACAGGAGUUUUGUGAAGCCAGCGAGAGACAAUACAUGGCGAGAUGACCAACCAAUCACUGUUGAUGAGGGGAGUGGAAUCUCAACCCAGCACGUUAUCAUGAUAGAGUCUGCAGAUGCAGAGGCUGCAAGUCCUGGGGUGAAGCUGGAGGGGUCUGAAGGAGAGGAACCACGGCACAGUAGUGACAUCCAGACUGGAGUGGCUGGAGUGCCCCAUGAAGCCCCUGAGGACUCCAACACCGCUCCAGUGCCGCCCAGGACCCAACGCAGCAUCACGGAGGAGGAGGAGGGUCCAGAGGUGCUGUUUGUGAAGGAGGAGGGCUGUGAGGAGGGUCUGGCGAACCCUGAGGGGAACAUGGUCAUGGAGGACAACCAGACUACACCUCCUUCUGAACCCACAGAGGAAUUAGCUGAGCAGCACAGGACCACAUACAGUCUCACUGAGUCAGUAGACAUGGAGGAUGGGAAGCCUGAUCUGCUGCUGGUCAAAGAGGAGACAAUAGAAGAUGGACCAGAGAGCAUUGACCUGCUGAGUGGACUAAAGAUGGGGGAGCAAGUGACUCUCUCAGGUGAAGGACAUCUCACUGAAGGCCACAGGAGCUUUGUGAAGCCAGUGGGACACAAUACAUGGAGAGAUGACCAACCAAUCACUGAUGAUGAGGGGAGUGGAACCUCAACCAAGAACAUUAUUGUGAUAGAGUCUGUAGAUGCAGAGGCUGCUGGUCCUGGGGUCAAGCAGGAGAGAUCUGAAAGAGAGGAGGACCCACGACACAGCAGAGAGAUCCAGACUGGAGUGCCCCAUGUAGCCACGGAGGUCCCUACCACCACCGCCCCAGCACCGCCCAAUACCCAACAUAGCAUCAUGGAGUCAGUAGACAUGGAGGAAGGGAAGCCUGACCUGCUGCUGGUCAAAGAGGAGACAAUCGAAGACGGACCAGAGAGCAUUGAUCUGCUGAGUGGACUAAAGAUGGGGGAGCAAGGUGGUUGGCUGGAGGCUAACAGAGGAGACUGGGUGGCCAUCUUGGAUUCCGAGACCGGUGCAGCCAAGGACCUGGGGAAUAACAUCACUGAGCAGGCCAGGACCAGAGGCGACAUAGUGGAGGUCAGUGGAUGGGACAGCAUCCUCAACUCUGGGCUGGGGAACAACACUGUUAACCAGAAACAAACAGUCGAACACAAAACAACAACUGAACUUAGUCUCCAUGACAACAGACUGGCUGAGAUCAGGGCGAUGCGUAGAGUUGGUCUGCAUGGACGGGGAGGUGUCCGUAUGCGGCUAGAGAGAACAGACAUGGACUUGGCUAGCAAUGAUCCGUCCUGCUCCUAUAGUUGUGAUUCAGAGAGACUGAUGGCGCCUCAGGUUAACCCCUUAACAGGUGCUGCCUUCAGCCUGUCUUCUAUAGGAUCUAUCAACUGGAAUAUGGACCCUGCGACAACACAGACACUCCCUGGCCUUAAUCCUCCUCACACUCUCCUAAUGUUAAACCAGACCUCAGACAAUGCAAGUUCCUCAACACUAAAUGGCUACACAAGCUCAUUGACAAAUGACAGUAGUAGAGACAGAAUCAGUAAAGGUGGCAGCGCCAAAGAGAAGCGCUUCCGGUGUUCGUUCUGUGGCAAAGCCUUUAAUUUCCCCCAACAGGUGGAGAUCCACCAGAGGAUGCACACGGGAGAGAAACCGUUCAGCUGCCAACUGUGCCGGGCCCGUUUUUCCCGAUCGUCCCACCUGAAGAGGCACCAGAGAGUCCACACAGGGGAGAAACCCUACAGCUGCCCCCAGUGUGAGAAGAGGUUUUCCCACCAGCACCAACUAAAGAUGCACCUAAAGAUCCACACGGGAGAGAGGCCAUUUGCCUGUAUACACUGCGAGAAGAGGUUCUCAGAGAGGAGCUACCUCAGGAUACACCAGCAGAAAAUGCACAGAGACCAUGUAUAGUAAUAUGUCAUGUAGAACUAUAUAGUUUGUUUAUAGUUAAUUCUGUUGAUUUUGGAUAUAGAGGGAACUGGGCGAGGUGAAAUAAGGAAAGAAUGAGUGAUGAGGCAGUAGAUGAUAUGGUGAUGGUUGAUGUGAUGGUGUCUGUAAAAAUGCUUCACUGAUGAAGUGACAACCUUGCCCUGUUUGAUGGUGUUUUAUAAAAUAGGAAAUGAUCGUGCCUUAAUUCAUGUUUACUUGACAUAAACGAGUGAAGGUGUGUGUAAUAUAAUGUGGAACCUUUUCCAAAGUAUUCUAAACUUAAUUUUUAUCAAAGUGAGGGUACCAGAUUUACAGAAAAGGUCAAGUGUGUGAGAAGUUAUUCUACUUAUCACGUAUUGUUUUGUGAAAUAAAUGUACUGUACUUCACAUUAUGUGAGUGUGACCAUUUUGUUGAAAUUAAAUUCAAAAUUGACUUCA